AAUGUCAGAAAGCGCAGACAAAAUUGAUUCAUUAUUGCGACCUCCUAAAAACGGUACCAAUUCUAGUUCUGACACGACAAUAGGAGAACGUUUUGGAGUAAGUAUGAGAAAAAAGGAAGAGUUCAACGCCCUCAGGAGGCGGAGGCAUACAAUGGACAAGGAUAGCAAAGCAGAACACCAACGUUUUAUUAGGAGGAGUGUGAUCUGCGAUUCUAACGUAACCGCAUUGGACCAUUUACCUAGUAAAACCAGCAUUAUCGUUUCUCCGCCUGAGUCGGAUAAUACAACCAUAUUAAUAAGUGGUGUUACCAAUAAUAGCGAAACGCGGCCUCCAAUACAAGGAACUCCUGUUGACCCAGUGUCUGCUGCAGUUUCUGUAAUUGGCGAAGAAAAAUGCGAAAACUGUACUGAUGGCAAUGCGAAAGAUGAAAGUAGGGUCGCUGGUAUUGGUGAUGAACCAUCUCGGCCCCCUAUCCGAUCGCCCGAUGUUUACGUUUGCAAUCAUGCCGCAAAUACAGUUGGCGGCAUCAUCAGCAAAGACAGAAAAAAGCAAAAAGCUGUUCCAAUCAGGGAGGAGGUUGAGUCGAAAGUCAGCGAGGAGGACAGUGCGGAGAACCGAGAAGCGGAGGAGGCAAGAAAUCUCGAGAGGAAGGCGCAGGAAGAUAAUGAAGAAAUAGAGACAAAGGCUGUGGGAACUUCCCCUGAUGGGAGGUUUUUGAAGUUUGACAUAGAAAUUGGGAGAGGAUCUUUCAAAACUGUCUAUAAGGGUCUAGACACGGAAACGACUGUUGAAGUAGCCUGGUGUGAAUUGCAGGACCGAAAGUUGUCAAAAUCAGAAAGGCAAAGGUUUAAAGAAGAAGCUGAAAUGUUAAAGGGCUUGCAGCAUCCGAAUAUAGUCAGAUUUUAUGAUUCUUGGGAAUCAACGUUGAAAGGAAAGAAAUGUAUAGUGCUGGUGACAGAAUUGAUGACGUCGGGAACUCUGAAAACCUACUUAAAAAGGUUUAAGGUGAUGAAAAUCAAAGUGCUUCGAAGCUGGUGCCGUCAAAUCUUGAAGGGACUCCAUUUUCUUCAUACUCGUACCCCACCUAUCAUCCACAGAGAUUUGAAGUGUGACAACAUCUUCAUUACAGGCCCUACUGGAUCAGUUAAAGUUGGUGAUCUUGGCCUUGCUACACUAAAAAGGGCAUCAUUUGCAAAAAGUGUAAUAGGUACCCCUGAAUUCAUGGCUCCUGAGAUGUAUGAAGAAAAAUAUGACGAAUCUGUUGAUGUUUACGCUUUUGGGAUGUGUAUGCUAGAGAUGGCAACGUCAGAAUAUCCAUACUCGGAAUGUCAGAAUGCUGCUCAGAUCUAUCGUAGAGUAACUAGUGGAGUGAAGCCGGCCAGUUUUGACAAAGUAGCAAUCCCUGAGGUUAAAGAAAUAAUUGAAGGAUGUAUCCGCCAGAACAAAGAUGAACGGUAUGCAAUUAAGGACCUUCUGAGUCAUGCUUUCUUUCAGGAAGAUACUGGUGUUCGUGUAGAGUUGGCAGAAGAAGAUGAUGGAGAGAAACUUGCAAUUAAGCUUUGGCUGAGAAUUGAGGAUAUCAAGAAGCUUAAAGGAAAAUAUAAGGAUAAUGAAGCCAUAGAAUUCUCAUUUGACUUGGAAAGAGAUGUUCCAGAGGAUGUGGCACAAGAAAUGGUGGAAUCUGGAUUUGUAUCUGAGGGAGAUCACAAAACAAUGGCAAAAGCUAUCAAGGAUCGUGUAUCACUAAUCAAACGAAAGCGUGAACAACUCCAGUUGGUCAGGGAAAAACGGAAAAAGCUAGAAGAACAGCAGAAGAAACAUGAUCAACUGCAGCACCCAAAAGCUCAACAAGGUGCUAGUGUCACUCAAACUGGAGGAGGGCAUCCAUCCCAGUUAUCUGCCACAGCAGUCUCUUCUUCCCUUACUGUAACACCACCAACUCAAGUUGAACCUGAGGAGCCUGAAGCAGAUCAACAUCGUCUUCAAUACCAGCCAGCUGGUAACUCUGUUAUAUCUGAUGGCAUUUUUGACAGUGGCCAGAGUUCUUCUGGGUUUUCAGAUUCCCAUCUUAGUCAAGCAGCUUCCUACGGUUCAGCUCAAGAACAGCACAUUUCAUCCAGCCAACCCCCAUGUUACAGUCCUUCAACCGUCCAGGCAGCAUCGCAACAGCUUGGUGGCCAUCAACAGUCCACCGGUCAGCCCCCAUCUCUUGUGCAUCCUUGUGGGGGAGUUACAUCACAACCAGAGACUGGUUCAUAUCCAUCUAUUCCUCAAAGACCAUUUUCUUUCUCUCCACCACCAAGUUUUCCUCUGAAAUCUGCUCAUCCUCAACGCCGCAAAAGUACUUCAUUCCUGGAAGCCCGAACAUGCCAUUUUCAGCCAAUGACAAGGACUGUAGGACAGAACAUUCUGUCUCCUGGUGAUUUUUCAAAUCUGAAUGUUGAAAGCUCAGCCUUGAAAGGCUUGAUUACUCAUAGGUCUGCCAGUGAACCAAUCCGUAUUGAAGGUCAGGUGCAACCAGAGCAAGUCCAUACUUUCAUUGAAAGCAGAUCAGGAUUGGAUCAGUUUGAAGACAUUCCACUUUUGUGUUAUCCUUGUAAUGUGCAGCUGCAGCAAACUUUACAAGACCCCUAUGACGUUGUAACACAUAGUAACUUUCCCACUAUUGCAUUUUCUUUGCAUCAAAUUCCAACUGAAGUAAAAGUACAACAGCAGCAGAUUUAUUCCCAGCCCUUGAGUUUGAAGGAGUCCUUUAGUGGUUCGACUUUCCUCCCCUGCCCAAAACAAAAUCUAAUGGGCCAUAUAUCUCAAAAAAUGCAGGCGACAUCUCACACGAUACCAGCUCAUAUUUCAAAUCUACCUUCUCAACUUCAACUGCCGCAGGAUAUGACACAAAUGCAUGGACAGCAUGGGAAGGUUGGAGAACCGCAGGCAGUAUUUUCGAUGCCAUCUAAAGUAUUUAUACCUGUACGGGAUGAUAAGGAAGCUCAAAGUGAAUCUGCAAUAGCGGGUGUACGCACACAAAAUAGUGUUGGGACAAUGAAUACUGUGCUCUCUCUUCCACAUUUGAUUGCCCCUCAUUCAGCGCCACCUAUUCCACAUUUAAAUGAAAACAGAAGUGGGUCAGUGUUUGAUUUUCAAGUUUCUCCAGUUCACGUGGAGACUAAUGGUAUCCAAAUUCCAUUUCUGCCGUCUAUUCAAAGGAGUUACAGAAGUCGGCGGGGUUCAGUGGAUCUCAGUUUGGAUGACAGCCAAGGAACUGGAAUGUACAGCAGGCUUCAGCCAGUAACCGAAGGUCAAGUUGUUUAUUUCAGUUCAGAUACUUUGGUACUUCCAGGAGACUUCCUGCGGAGGAGACAGCCAAGGUCAGAAGAGCUCUCUCAGAAUCUCAGUCCGCAGCGUUCAAGUGACUCUGGUCAGUCAAGUUCCUCAGAAGCAAGGGAACUUCAUUCACCAUCACCUUUGGGUUCCACAACUCCAUACUUCAAUGUAUCAUUGUAUCAUGAGCAGCAACAAGUUUUGCCGGAGCACGACACUGAUUAUGAAACAUUGCAAAGUGUGCCAGUUUCACUUGCUGCAUAUCCAUCAGUGUUCAUUCAGACCAACACAGAAUCUUUUCCACCACCCUCGGGGACAGCUGGCUUGUAUCUCCAAGUCAUGGAAGGAUCAAGUUACCGACCUGUUUCAUCCCAGCAGAACUUGCCACUGGAUCACAGUUCUGCAGAUGGACAGUGUCUACCUUUGGUACUUACAUUUCAGGUACAAAUGCAGAGCCAACUCCCUUCAACCAAUCUUCCUCUGGGUGUGACCUCACAGCAUACAUCGUCACAACUGCCAUCAAGUUCCAUGCAGCAGACAAACCAGUUUGGCAGUUACUUCACCCCAACGUAUCUUCCACAGACAAUACAACAGCAAUCUGCCCAGCAUUCCUUGCCACAGGUGAAAUCAAGCGGCCCAGUUCAAGUUGUUUCUCCACAUCAAAGUGUACCCAUUGUUCAGAACCAAAUACUUGCUACUCAACAAGGUCCUACUUCAACACAGAAUUAUUCAACACAAUUGCCAAGUGUAGCUCCAAGUCCUGUGAAAUCUUCUACUGGUGUUCAGUCCACUGUAGUCUCACCACCACUUCCAGUUUCUACUGAAGUUGUAUCUCAGCCUGUUACACAACCAUCGUAUCAUGUUGGACAUGCUGCAAAUAUGGCACCACCGUACAUUGAAUCUUCAGCAGCUGGACAAACAAGAGGACUGCAACCUGGAACCACUACUAUUCAGAACCAGAUUGGGCCUCCAAAUCAAUUACAGACACAAGCAUCGCAAGAGAUGUCCCAGGCUUCUCCACAGACAUUGACUGUUGAGCAGUUACAGUUACACCAGUUGUGUUCAUCUGUAGACAGUGCUCACUCUGAUGUUGCUUCGGGGAUGAGUGAUGGAAAUGAAGGCCUUCCAGCAGGUGGAGGAAAUGACGGCCUUCCAGCAAGUGGGAGACAUGAAGGGAGAUCAGCAAAACGACAUUAUCGCAAAUCUGUGAGGAGUCGUUCACGUCAUGAAAAAUCAUCCAGACCAAAGUUACGAAUUCUUAAUGUUUCAAAUAAAGGAGAUCGGGUUGUGGAAUGUCAGUUGGAAACACACAAUCGAAAAAUGGUUACCUUUAAAUUUGAUUUGGACGGUGACAAUCCAGUAGAGAUAGCAUCUAUUAUGGUUCAGAAUGAAUUUAUCCUGGAGACUGAGAGGGAAUCAUUUAUUGACCAAGUACGGGAAAUUAUUGAAAAGGCUGAUGAAAUGCUGAGUGAAGAUCCAAGUGGGGAACCAGAAGGUGAUCAAGGAUUGGAGACUGUAAAAACCCAGGUUGAUGUUUGCUUUAGUCAAGCACAGACUGUGGAGGGAAUGUACAGACAACAGGAAGCUCUAAUAUCUGUACCACUUCAGUUAGGUACACAAGCAGGCUCUGCAAUGCAAGUGGUCCAUUCAGCUGGAAGACGAUUUAUUGUCAGCCCAGUUCCCGAGAGCAGAUUACGAGAACCGACAUUAAGUAUGGGUGUCACUUCAGUUAAAGAAACUUCAACAGCUGUUUCCCAUGGUCACAAUCUAAACCUGUCACACUCAGCUUCGUCAGUGAGUUUGCAACAAGCCUUUUCAGAUUUAAAGCACAAAGCUUUUCAAGAGGGCCCUAGUACUGCCCCUCCUAUCUUCAGCCAAACCAUCCCACCAUUUUCUGUGGUAGCUCCAGAAAUGGCUAGUGUUGGCCAAGGAAUUAAUACACAAACAGUGGUGACAUCCUCAGGACCUGCUACUGUUGUAGCUGCUAGUUCUGCGUCUCAAGCCAACAUGCAAAGUAUUCAGUCACAAUCAGAUGAGCAGUUAACUAAUGAAACCAUUGCUGGCGUAAUUGUCUCUAACACUACUUUGCUGCCUCCAGCCUCGCAGCCAGCUCAGCAGUCAGUUGGUGGCAUUUCUGCCAAUGUAAGCAUUCCAACUUGCAUGUCUCCACCACAAUCAUCCCAGAUAAGUCUGCAAAUAAUUGGAGGCUCUACUGCAAGUGUUUCUGCUCCAAGUUCAGUGUCUCCACCACUGUCAUCGCAUCUUGUUCAACAUUUGAUUGGAGGAGCUGCAAUCAGUGGUGGGCCUUCAGCUUCAGUUUCUCCAUCUUUCACCCAGACUGUGAUAGUGCAAGCUUCUCAACAACUUAGUGGUGGUGCUGUGGUCAGUCUGGCAGAAUCGUCAGCUCCUCUGAGUACAUUACAGAGCAAGGCAGAGAUUUUGUGCAGUACAACCCAAGCUGAAGAUCAGCCGAUAGAAGGUAGUGGCAUGACUCUGGCAGUCUCUACUUCACCGCCAUCCUUACCAUCCACUUGUGACACUCAGACUCCUGUGAGCCAGUCCAUUGUGGUGCAAACAAUUAGUGCACAAAAUGUUACUCUACCUCAUCCUGUGGGUGUUUCUGUGCCUCUGGCAUCCCAGAUCUCUGUACCUGGCACAGUAUCUGCACAACCUGGUUGCAGCGUUCCUUCUGUACAACAAACACUGAUUCAUAAUCAACCUCAAACAGCUUUUCUUCCAAAUCAGCCCCAUAUUCAUUAUUCUGAAGUUGACAUAGAUUUAAAUACCAAAGGCACUGGCAUUGAUGACAUCAAGACUUUGGAUGAAAAGCUUCGAUCGUUGUUCAGUGAACAUAGCAUUGGAGGGUGUCCUCACAUUUCAGCACCUUUAGAAAUGGGAUUGAAUGCAGAGUCUGCUACAAUUGAUAGUUUACUUGCUGCAGGCAAAGUAACUGGUAUCCCAGGGACUUCAACAGUUACUGUCCCGUCCUACCCAGUUGCUACCACAGGUUCUAUCAUGCCUCCUUCCAGUCUACCUCUUGGCCCUACAGGACUUCCAUUAACUAUCCAGCAACCUUUGACUCCUUCCAGUUAUCCAGCAGUUGUUCCUUCUGUGCCCAGUGGGCGACCAGGCACGCCUCCAUCCAAACCACCGCUUGGCAGAUUACCCGUGCAACAGUUAAGUACGGAAGCUCUUGACCAACAAUUAAAACAGGCUCUCACUCCACCCACUGAGCAGUUGCCACCUUUUCCAGGACCUUCACUAACCCAGUCACAACAACCUUUGGACACGUUGGAUGCCCAAUUAAGACGAGCCCUGAGCCCAGAGACUGUACAAAAUGUGCCUGUUUUUACAUCAGUGCAGAGUGUGGCUCCCAUGAAUGGCUCAGUGGUGUCUUCUGUUCAUAGUCUUAUACCAACCAGCUUGACUGCAGAAGGUCUUGUCCCACAGCUAGAUGAUAAUGUUGCUGUCUCAGAAUGCAAAUCUGACUCUCGUGAGGAAAAUGUCAUGACAAACACAGUUGCAGCUAUUGGUAUUGGAGCCGGAGUUGUGAAAAUGGGUCGAUUUCAGGUUUCUGUGGCAACAAAUGAUGACUUGUACCAGCAAACAUAUGAUGAACAAAGAGGGUGCAAGCAGAAACAUACUUCAGAUGAAUCUUCCUCUUCUGGGAGUCCCGAAAGUACACUUGUUAGACCACCUGUAAGUGGCAGCCAUGAAGACGUUGUGGAUGGUGCACCUAUAAUUGAAAGCAGAAAUAAUGAAUCCCUACCAUACCAAGAUCAAGAACCAGCCCAGCAGGCAAAAAUAGGACGGUUUCAGGUAACAACACGAAGAGACACCGUUGGCCGUUUUUCAGUGGCAAGGACACAAGAUGAAGUUACACUUGAGGCUGGCAAGAGAAACCUUCCUUGUGUUCCUAUGAGUACUUCUCCAUUAAUAGAACUUUCAUCAUUGCCAGUGGAUCAUGUUACAGAUCAAAUUUUACCACCUAGAGAAUCAAUCGAAUCAGAACAAUGUCUACAUACAAAUGGGCCUGUUUUUUCUGAGGUAGGACAGCCUCUUUCAAAGGAGCUGGGUCAAAUGGCAGUUGAUAGUGCAGGUAGUCCAGUCUCGCCUCAGUCAUCAGAAUCCAAAGGUACUGUUAUCCUGCAGAACCUUACCAAUUCCUUUAAUUCUUCUUACUUGAGCAGUGAUAAUGAUUCAGAAAUUGAAGAUGAAGAUAUGAGGAAAGAGCUGCAUCGGCUGAGGGAUAAACAUUUGAAAGAGAUUCAAGAAUUACAAUCACGACAAAAGCAGGAGAUUGAGGAACUUUAUAUAAAAUUGGGUAAGGCGCCACCUGCUGUAAUAAUUCCACCUGCGGCACCCCUGUCUGGACGUCGCAGACGACCCACAAAAGGGAAAAGCAGCAAGUCCAGUCGGAGCAGCUCUCAAGGACAGAAAAGUCCCUUACUUUCAGGGUCUUUAACUGUUCAGAGUACUUCAGCGUUGACAACACCACAGAUGCUCUUGCCACCCCAAACUUCUCAUGAAUUUUCUGUUUCUGGACAAGGUCAUUUGCUGAAACCCUCACCAUCCAGUGAAAAUUUGCACUCUGCUUUCACAAGUGAAGGGGUGAUUUCUGGGCAAAGUGUCUCUUGUACUGGACAAGGGAAGAUGGUGAAAAAAGUCUGCCCAUGCAACCAACUGUGUAGGACAACUAGCACAAAUGCAGUAAGUGGGGUUGGGCAAAUGGCCCAGCAACAACCAGCAAUGACGACUAGAAAAGGCACCUUCACAGAUGAUUUGCAUAAACUGGUAGACAAUUGGGCUCGAGAUGCUAUGAACCUUUCACAGAACAAACGUGGCAUCAAGCAGCAGGGUCAACCAGGCCAUCAUUACUCUGAAACAAUGCCAAGGAAGUAUUCAGCACCAGGUCAACUUUGUAUCUCCAUGACCAACUCUGUGGGAGGAUCUUCUGCUGCUUCAGUGGGUUCACUGAAUCCUUUUAGCAAGACACCUAUCUGCCAGUAUGGUUAUCCUGGAGCACCCUAUAGUGCCCAGUGGACUGGAGCACCUCCCCAACAACAACCAGGGAUUAUACCACCAACAGCUAGUCUUCAGUUUCAAGGAGUUGGUAGCACUUCACUACAGAGCUUUCCCUUGGGUACUUUGCAGAAAUCUGUCAGCAAUCCUACUGGAUCCAAUCUUAGGACAACAUAGAUGCUAGUUCUGGAUAUGUGUGAUCGAUAGAUUGAGUGUAAUUCAGGGUUUAAUGCCUCUGCUGAUGUUGCCAGGGAUAGGUCAUAGAGCUUCAAAGUAUACAAAUGGCUGACACUGCUUUUAUAUACACAGCAUCAUUGAGAGCUAUUUUACUAGUUCUGUUUCAAACAGCGUUCUGUGCGGACAUGUAUUUACCCAUCAGUUUUUGAUGUUCAAACACUGUGAUAUAAAUGUUGUUGGACAACAGUAGUAAAAGUGAAUUUAGAGGGUUUAAAGUUUUAAAGAAAAGCAUAAAAAAACUAAAGCUAGCUAUAAUCCAUACUUAUCAGAGACACUUUAACUUCCUUUGUUACUUCAUUGUAUUAGGUAAAUAAAUGUGAAUGUAAAAUUGUAUAAAUGUACUUGAAUACCUGUUUUCCCAGUAUGCUUGCUGGAUUCAUAGUGCCUUGUAUUGUGCUUCUGACUUGUCUGCAGGAAAGCACUUAGUGUCCCCAAACAGAGAAAUUAAAAAGGAAGAGAGCAAGUGAAGAUGGAGUUGUGGUAAUGUGGAUAGUCACACUUGUUCCUUAACAGAGCUGUUGUCACUGGCAGUGACUGAAAUGCCAUCCAUUCCCCCUAAAUGUGUUCUAAUACUUGUCCUUCCCUCCCAGUGAUAGCCUUUUAAUUAAUGAAAACGUGGAGUCACUUAAAGCUAAAGUAGUUUGUUUUCUUGUGUAGUUUAAGGGUCUGCAUUUUUCAGAAUUUUCAUCAAGUGCUGUUUCCAAAAAUGCAUUGAAAAACUAAUUUGCAUUUGAUUCUAUUAAGGUCACCAAGUCAAAAUAUUAUUUAGUAGUUUUUUAUCAGUAUGAAUAAUGCUGAUACAUAUUUAAAGUAGCAAGCCCUACAUGCUAAAACAUGUUUUAUUUUCCUUUGUUUUUAAAUUGGUGGAGGAAAAUUAGGUGCUGCAAAGAAUCCACCAUUAAUCUUUAAGUGUAAUUCCUCAUUGCAGUUUAUUGAUCAUCUAUUUAUUGUACACAUGACCAUCGUAAAAUUUACUUUGUAUUUUGAGGCUGUCACCAUUAAAAUAACUUUUGAAGCAACACAGAAACAAUUGUAUGAACCCUGGAUAUAUGGGAAAUGUGAAAAAUGACGUGGAAAAUUUUAAUCACUGAGGAAAGUCUUUCUCAAUACUAUCUUCUGGUUUUUCCUGGAAUGUAAAUCUUGAUAUCCAGAUAAAAUUUAGCAUUACCCAGUGUCUAUCCAGCAGAGAUCAUAUAUUUAGGCUGAGUGCACUAAUUUACAGUAACUUCCAAAUUCAAAAUCAAGCUAAUGUUUAAAAAAAAAUACAUAAUACAAUGUUUAAAAAGUCAGAUUUGUUUCCAGUAUGAACAAUUACCUUAAAAUGUGGGACUUUUUUUUUCUUUAACCUGACCCUGAGAAUGUUUACCCUUCCUCUUCACAUUUCAAUUGAAGCUACACAUUUAAUUUUGUUUUACCAGCUAUUUACAGAAAUGUGACUUGUGAAGAACUGGUUGAGGGAGUUGUGUUGCAGUUUUUAGUGAUAUGAAAAAUAAAAGGACAAAUAUACAAAAUUUGGAUGCCACGGUUGUUUUAGAGUUAAGUUUCAGUUUUCUGACUUCAUGAAAGAACUGUUAAAACCCUGCAGUUGUAAUUGUUGCAAACUGCAGGUGAGCACUUUAUUUUGUUUUUUUUUCCAAAUAAAUUGAGGAAGGUUGCACCAUUUAUUAAAAUAUUUUUUCAAUAUAAAUGAAAGGUUAGUUCUGCUGUAACUGUUACGACAAUUCUUGGAACUGAAGCAUUUUUUACUGCAGCACGUGUUGCAGACUGUUGCUGACAUGUGAGCCUUAAACAAUAUUGAAGAGUUGGGAAGCUUAAAAUCGAAGUUGUAGAGGUAGACAUACUAUAGUAAAUUAUUCCAUUAGCUCUUGUUUGGAACACCCAAACUCUAAGAAAAGCAUGCUUUGAAAUUAAAGUUCCCUUGUAAAAAAAAAGCCUGUUAUGAAGAAUACACUUUUGUCUCUUUCAAGACUUUAAUACAAAAAGCUUAGAAUUAUAGUGUAAUGUUAUUGUUAGUUGGAGGUGUAAUGGUAUUCUGUACACCUGCUUUGGGGAAGGGAGGGUUGGCAUUUCUUUUAUUUUAGACAGAUAGGCAUGAUAAAAACUUUUAUUUCUCUGUCUUUGCUUCCCUUUUAAUAAAAUUUGAACUGGUAUGAGGAUUGUUUCAGCAGGUGCUUUUGUAACUUCUACCCUAUGCUUAAUGAUAUUUCUUAUUCUGUCUGUGGAUUCCUUUCAAGCAAAGGAAAUAAAGGCAAGUACUGCAAUCAGUAUUAUUCCUUAGACUGCAAUAAACUGUGAAAAGUCCACAUAAUUACGUCGCUUUUAAUUUCAGAAUAACAUUUUUAGAUGAGUUACCUGACCUCAUGGGGGGGGGGGGGGGUACCCUAGAUCUCUGAAAUGUAUACUAUUUGCAUGGGGUUGAGGAGGUGGCUCAAGUUUCUAAGUGGUGAACUUUCUUCUAUGCCCAUCACUUCACCAUUCUUCCACCCCCAAACAAAAGAACUCCAGUGGAGGUUGAUGUAGAAUAUGCAAUAAAUAAUCCUGGGACUGCUAUUGAGAACAUGAUUUUGGUUACUUCAGAUUUUUGUUCCUUUUUAAGGACAGGCAGAGUUAUGAAUUUCAGUACAUGUAUGCUAUUCUUGUGCACUGGGAUGCAUAUUAAUAUAUUCUCUAUUGUGUUGCUCUAUAGUUAUGAAUUAUUAUCAUCCAACAUCUAAAGUAAAAAGCAGCUGGUGUUCAUUUAUUUUAAACUGGGGUGCAGAGCCCAUUUCUUCUCCCAUAUCUCUUUGUUUUGGGCUUUUUAAUGUGCAAAAAUUGGACCUAUUUAUUUUCCUUUUAUAUGGAAAACAAUUGGGGAGUAAAAUGUAUAAUUAUAAAUGCUACUGAUGUGCAUUAAAUUAUUUUCUGUAAUACCUUUCUCCCUACUGCAUCUACCCCUUCUCAUUGCAACAAAUUGCAGUCUUGAACCUCUUCUGUUGCUCUGGAGUUCAGUGUCUGUCCAAGAGAUCUUUCAUUAUUUAACAUUGUACACUGUAAAAUGUGGGGAUAAUUUGCAACAUGAAUUGUAUGUUUGCACUAAAUAAGGGUGUUGAGCUACAUGCAAGAUUGCGCUUUGCGCUGAAAUUUGUUACUUUCUUUGUAGAUUAUUAACUGAAAUCAUUCAAAUAAAAAUGAUCAAAAUCUCAA